GUCUGCUGUCAAUAUGUCAUGAGAUCAUAACAAAACAAUUCGCACAAUUUUUAUAAAAUUAAACAGAGUGUAUGCUUUUUUAUUACUAAUUGUUUGCAAUGGGCGUCGAUAUUGAAGUUCUUAGUCCUGGAAACGGAUCUACAUAUCCCAAGCCGGGUCAAACAGUAGUGGUUCAUUACACGGGCACCUUAGCUGAUGGAACACAGUUCGACUGUUCUAGAGAGCGUGGGCAACCUUUUAAGUUUACGCUCGGCAAAGGAGAUGUGAUCAAGGGAUGGGACAGAGGUAUACCAAAGAUGUCAGUAGGUGAGAGGGCCCGAUUAAUCUGCUCGCCUGACUACGGCUAUGGUUCUAGAGGCCACCCGGGGGUUAUUCCACCAAACGCCACUUUAGUUUUUGAUGUUGAAUUGCUUCAUGUUGACUAGUAAUCUGAAACAACUCAUAUGUUUAUAAAGUUAAGUUUCUGUAUUCUAAUUGUUGGUAGCCAAGUCUUUAUUGAUUAGUCUUCAUAAUAGUUUCAAACAACUGAAACAAAUAUUUUAUCAAACAUUUUAAGUUUCGUACUAUUGAAAAAAAAAUACAUUGUUAGGUUGAGUCCACUUUUUUGCUGCAUAAUAAUAUUUUAAGAAUUAUUAUUAUUUUUAAAUUCAUGUAUAUAGUUUGCCUGACAGCAACAUAACUGGUUCAGUGACUUAAUUUUUGAUACCAAAAGUAUUAAAGGGUAUUAUGUGGAUUUUAUAUUUUAUAUUAAUGUUAUACUUGCACAAUUUUAGUGACUUAAUUCAUGGCUGUUUGCAUUUACUUGAUACUAUAUAUCUUUGGUUAUUGUUUUACUUAGAAAUAGCUUUUAAUGAUGUAUAGAAUAAUGGUUAAUGUAUGAAUCUUUUACUUCUUCUCGUGCGAAAAUACUCAUAAUAUUAUUUAACUCACCAUGAAUAAAUA